UUCACGGCACUCCACACCAGCACUUAGCGCCAGGCAGAGCCCGCCUGCACCCCGGCACCCUGGGUGAGCGGGGCUGCUGGACAAGCGUCCCCACAGUGCCCAAAGACGGGCCGGGAGGACGGGGCCCACGCACCGCCAGCCUGCUGCCGAGCUCCGGGGCAGGCACGUGAGCUGGUCUGAGCCUGGCACUGCAAGCCUAAGAGCAAAGCAGAGAACCCUUUGUGGGAAUGCCCCUAGCAGGGACUCCUGCUCCUGUUAAAAGGAAAAAGUCCACUAAACUCAUUGGGAAGCUGACACAUGAAGCCAUGCCACAGGAGGUGUCCAAGCUGAAUCUGGGGAAGAAGAUCAGCAUCCCCCGAGAUGUGAUGCUAGAAGAGCUUUCUCUCCUCACUAACAAAGGAUCCAAGAUGUUCAAAUUACGUCAGCUGAGAGUGGAGAAAUUCAUUUAUGAGAAUAACCCUGACGCCUUUGUCGACAAUUCUGUGGAUCACUUUCAGAAGUUCAUCCCAUCAGGAGGGCAUUAUGGGGGAGAUGCUCACGGCUAUGCCCAAGGGCGGAUGGUAGGAGGAGUAACAGCAGGGCAGCAUGGCUCCAGCAAGCACCAGUAUCCCCCAGUUCCACCUAGGCCUGGAAGCAAAGGAGGCCCUGGGGACAGUGAAGGGGGUCAUGCUGGGGAAUCAGCUGGAAGUGGUGGAGGAGGCGGCGAUGGUACAGAGAAAGAUGGCAAGUCAGGAGGGAAGAAAGUCACAGUCUUUAAAACUUACAUCUCCCCCUGGGAACGGGCAAUGGGUAUCAGCCCUCAGGACAAAUGUCAGUUCACGAUUGACUUACUGUCAUAUAGUCCCAAAGCUGAUCUCCCCCAUUACAAGUCUUUUAAUAGGACUGCCAUGCCUUAUGGGGGUUAUGAGAAAGCAGCCAAACGGAUGACCUUCAAAGUGCCUCAGUUUGAAAUUGGCCCUUUGCUUCCAGAAUCUAUCAUGUUAUAUAAUCAAAAUUUCAGCAACAGACCCUCCUUCAACAGAACCCCAAUACCUUGGAUGCCUUCGGGAGAAUCCUCCGAGUACCAUAUUGAGGUCAAUGUGCCAAGGAGUGGUGAAACAGAAGAGCUAUAAACCCCUGGCCCCCAGGUCCUUCUUUUUUUCUCAGCCCUGUUUAUUUGCAAAUUAACGGUAGGGAGCUGAAAAAUGCAACUCUAGUCCUUCCUUUAUUUUGCUCUUAACCCAGACAAGUUCCUAGUCGGUUCUAAACUUAUCUUUGCUGUGAUGUUAAUCCAUAUCAGAAACAGUAUGAGGGAAGGGAGCUUUUUAUUCACCAGGGCAAAAACAAAGGGCAAAAUUGGGAAGUGUUUUUCUGUUUAGAGAUGCUAAAUGCUGCCUGUCUGCUCAAUAAUAAAUCUGUUUUGUCAUAUAUUAACAAGUAAUAAAGCACCAAGAGGAAA